GAAUCAUUUUGAACGACAGAUUUUUCCAACAUGGAUUUGUCCUUUGCAUCUAAAUAUGUAACAACAUUUAAAGCACAGAAAGUGAAAACCAGGGCAAUUCAAGCCAAUGCCUCCGAUUUCUACCACAGAUCAGUGACAGUUUAUUCUCUACAAAAAAGCCUUCAGCCCCCUUCACAUGAGCAGGAUUUGAUGUGGAAUUUUUAAAGUAUUUUUAUUACUGAAAACUGCCCAAAAUAUGCAAUGAAAGCUUCCUGCAAUCUAAUAUUACACAUCACAGUGAUGUCUGGUGUACGCCCCCCGCACCUCCAGCUAUUGACUUGCCGUCUGCUGUAUGGACACUUGGAAUAAAGCAUUAUUUGGCAAAUACUUCUCAGUGGAUAGUCUGGAAUUUCUAAAGAGACCAAUUGUCGUGUAGAAGCGUGUGUGUCAGGAUCGGAGUGUUGUUCUGUGGUAAUUGCAGGGUCUGAACACCAGAUGGCGUAAGAAGGUUGGAUAUGCCGUUUCCUGGUUUGUGGUGUUCAUGCCAUUCUGAGAAUAUAUAACUGGUAGCUGCAGAGAUUCACUGGAUAUUAUCUGGUGCUUGCUGAAUGGCGUAUUGUUCAUUUGGAUGGAGAACCGAAGCCGUUGACCUUGCCUGUCUGUGCCUUAGAUUCAUCAAUAAAGAUGCAAGCUCAGAACGGGUCAUGUGACAUAGGCCCAACACUCUCCUCUCUAACCUGCCUCAUGGAAAUCCUUCUGGACUGGCUAGAGUUGGACAAUUUGGAGGAUUAUCUAAAUUACCUAGACUAUCUCAUGUGGGUCUUCACACCACUAAUAAUAGUUUUCAUUCUGCCCUUCAUUAUUGUCCUUUUUCUCUACCUGUCCAUCCUUUUCCUUCUCGUGUACAAGCGCAAAAACGAACUGAAAGAAGCAUAUUCCAACAGUAUAUGGGAUGGCGCCCGGAAAACAUUGGCAUCACUUUGGGAUGGGCAUGCUACAAUAUGGCAUGGUUAUGAAAUUCAUGGCUUGGAGAAAAUUCCGGAGAAUGGGCCUGCACUAAUUGUGUACUAUCACGGAGCGCUUCCCAUAGACUAUUAUUAUUUUGUAGCAAAGGUCAUUCUCCUGAAAGGAAGGACUUGUCACACAGUGGGGGACCACUUUGUUUUCAAAAUACCAGGCUUCAAACCAUUACUUGAAGUGUUUAGUGUAAUCCAUGGACCAAAGGAAGAGUGUGUGAAAGCUCUGAAGAAUGGCCACCUCUUGGGUAUCUCUCCUGGAGGAGUGCGGGAAGCCCUGUUUAGUGAUGAAACCUAUAUUAUCAUGUGGGGGAAUCGCACAGGUUUUGCACAAGUGGCAAUCGAUGCUCAAGUGUCCAUUAUUCCAAUGUUUACACAAAAUGUCCGGGAAGGAUUCCGAUCUCUUGGUUGUUUACGGAUAUUUAGGUGGCUGUAUGAGAAGUAUAAGAUACCACUAGUUCCUGUGUACGGUGGAUUCCCAGUAAAAUUUCGCACAUACCUCGGUGAUCCCAUCCAGUAUGACCCAAAUAUCACAGCAGACGAACUAGCAGAAAAGGCAAAAUGUGCAAUUCAGUCAUUGAUAGACAGACACCAGAGAAUUCCUGGAAACAUUUUCCGAGCCCUAUUGGAGAGAUUUCACUGGAGACGUAAAGAAGAAUAAAGUGCGGUUGCGUACCUGAUCAUACAUUUGGUUUCUUCUUUGUUGUACAAUUGUGUAAAUAGUAUAGGGUUUGAUAAAUCAUGUUAUUGAUGUGUAACUGUGCAAUAUGUACAUUUCUGAAGGCUUCAUACAAAGUUCUGAUUUCAGCUCUGAUCAAUAGAGUAUAAGCACUUACUGUAAAUUGUGCCAGUGUCUUGUAAAGCCAAAAGUCAGGUAAAGGCUACAAUGCAACACUUUGGCUAUUGCAUUCAGUUUUCUCUUUUAGGCAGAGUUCACCAACAAAUAGAACACCAGUCACUUAAUCCAAAAUU